UGUAGGAUGCUGGUGGGCGCCAGGCUCCAGCGGCGGCGGCGGCAGCCUCUCCUUUGGCCGAUGAAUGCAGACCCGCCGCCGCCGCCGCCCUGGGUUUGGAUGGUCCCCGGCUCGACCGGGCUGCUCCGGCUGGGCGCUGGGGUCGCGCCCCCGCCCGUGCUGCUCGCAGCGGCCCAGCCCCCCGCCGCUCCGCUGCUCCCGGGGCUGCCCGGCUGGCAAGCCCCCGGCGAGCCUCUGCUGCCGCUGGUGCCGCUGCCCUCUGCGCCAGACCACGCCGCCGCCGCCGCGCACUACUACCCGCUGCUCCACGGGCAGUGGCUACUUGGUGGCCCUUCUCCGUCAAUAGGACUGUCCCCCUCUUCCACUGUGGAGCUGGUGCCCAUCUUCCCACAUGUCUGCCCACCUGCUCUCCCCACUCCUGUUGGGAAAGGUUGGAUAGACAAACAGAUACCCAAUUGUAAGAUCUUUUUAAAUAAUUCCUUUGCUCUGGACUCAACGUGGAUAUAUCCCGAGGAAUCAAGAUUGUUCCAUGGGUAUGAAAAGCCUCAUUUGUUGGCAAAUCAAGUAGCUGUGUCUCUGUCCAGGCCAGCGCCUGCCUCCAGGCCCCUUCCCACAGUGGUGUUAGCACCUCAGCCUAUACCAGGUGGUUGCCACAAUAGCCUUAAGCCCGUGGGCAGCAGCCCCGCCAUCGCCAUCGCCGCCGCUGCCGCAGCCAUGGUCUCCGUGGACGCUGAGGGACUUGGGGGCCCGUCCCCCUCCAGCGCGCAGCCCUGCCACUUCCUGACGCUGGCACCCAUCAAGAUACCCCUGCGGACUGUCCCCUUCCCUGCCCCCGAGGACCUUCGUUCCUCAAAGCAUCCAUCUUCCCGAAUCAUCCCUCCUUCAUCCCGGCAGCUGCCAUGCGGGCGGCGUCUGCUGGCUGACAGCCACGUCUCGGGGUUCGGCGUCUCCACUCCUAUCCCAGCCACACUUGCCUGGAGCAUCUGCUACCGUGAGAAGGAACUCAGCCUUGUGCAGAAGCUGGGCGUUCAGUCAUGUGGCAGGAUUUCUGAGCGCCGUCUCUCCCUGGUGUGUGAUGUCACGAUCGUCCAGGUUACCCCUAAGCCCCGGCAGGUGCUGCCUGCUGCCCUGCCCUCUCCUCUGUCUCCGGGCCUCGCUGGGCAGCGCUGGCGCUUUGGCCACAUCCCUGCGGAGGGAAGCCGCAGAGUGUUUGCUGACCGGGUCUGA